AUGGCGCUGCGGAGAGGCGGCUGCGGAGCGCUCGGGCUGCUGCUGUUGCUGUUGGGCGCCGCGUGCCUGAUACCGCGGAGCGCGCAGGUGAGGCGGCUGGCGCGCUGCCCCGCCACUUGCAGCUGUACCAAGGAGUCCAUCAUCUGCGUGGGCUCUUCCUGGGUGCCCAGGAUCGUGCCGGGCGACAUCAGCUCCCUGAGCCUGGUAAAUGGGACGUUUUCAGAAAUCAAGGACCGAAUGUUUUCCCAUCUGCCUUCUCUGCAGCUGCUAUUGCUGAAUUCUAACUCAUUCACGAUCAUCCGGGAUGAUGCUUUUGCUGGACUUUUUCAUCUUGAAUACCUGUUCAUUGAAGGGAACAAAAUAGAAACCAUUUCAAGAAAUGCCUUUCGUGGCCUCCGUGACCUGACUCACCUUUCUUUGGCCAAUAACCACAUAAAAGCACUACCAAGGGAUGUCUUCAGUGAUUUAGACUCUCUGAUUGAACUAGAUUUGAGGGGUAAUAAAUUUGAAUGUGACUGCAAAGCCAAGUGGCUAUACCUGUGGUUGAAGAUGACAAAUUCCACAGUUUCCGAUGUGCUGUGUAUUGGUCCACCAGAGUAUCAGGAAAAGAAGCUAAAUGACGUGACCAGCUUUGACUAUGAAUGCACAACUACAGAUUUUGUUGUUCAUCAGACUUUACCCUACCAGUCGGUUUCAGUGGAUACGUUCAACUCCAAGAACGAUGUGUACGUGGCCAUCGCGCAGCCCAGCAUGGAGAACUGCAUGGUGCUGGAGUGGGACCACAUUGAAAUGAAUUUCCGGAGCUAUGACAACAUUACAGGUCAGUCCAUCGUGGGCUGUAAGGCCAUUCUCAUCGAUGAUCAGGUCUUUGUGGUGGUAGCCCAGCUCUUCGGUGGCUCUCACAUUUACAAAUACGACGAGAGUUGGACCAAAUUUGUCAAAUUCCAAGACAUAGAGGUCUCUCGCAUUUCCAAGCCCAAUGACAUCGAGCUGUUUCAGAUCGACGACGAGACGUUCUUUGUCAUCGCAGACAGCUCGAAGGCUGGUCUGUCCACAGUUUAUAAAUGGAACAGCAAAGGAUUCUAUUCUUACCAGUCACUGCACGAGUGGUUCAGGGACACGGAUGCGGAGUUUGUUGAUAUCGAUGGAAAAUCGCAUCUCAUCCUGUCCAGCCGCUCCCAGGUCCCCAUCAUCCUCCAGUGGAAUAAAAGCUCUAAGAAGUUUGUCCCCCAUGGUGACAUCCCCAACAUGGAGGAUGUACUGGCUGUGAAGAGCUUCCGAAUGCAAAAUACCCUCUACCUUUCCCUUACCCGCUUCAUCGGGGACUCCCGGGUCAUGAGGUGGAACAGUAAGCAGUUUGUGGAGAUCCAAGCUCUUCCAUCCCGGGGGGCCAUGACCCUGCAGCCUUUUUCUUUUAAAGAUAAUCACUACCUGGCCCUGGGGAGUGACUAUACAUUCUCUCAGAUAUACCAGUGGGAUAAAGAGAAGCAGCUAUUCAAAAAGUUUAAGGAGAUUUAUGUGCAGGCGCCUCGUUCAUUCACAGCUGUCUCCACCGACAGGAGAGAUUUCUUUUUUGCAUCCAGUUUCAAAGGGAAAACAAAGAUUUUUGAACAUAUAAUUGUUGACUUAAGUUUGUGA